GCUACCGAUAUCACCGAGCUCUUCUCCAUUUUUCACCUUACAACGCCGUUACCCGAGCUUCGGAGCUUUUUUCGCGGCUUUUGACAAUUUAACUGUUGCUUUGAAAUUCGCCAUCAGUCUCCAGGAUUUUUAACAACUUCCCCUCCUUUCCUAUCUACCCAUUUUUUCUCUUCUUCUCUUCUUUGUAUUCAUUUAAUAAUUCACUGAUGCCACCAUGGUGAACGUGGCUACGACAGCACUAAGACAGGCCUCGCGCCUCGGUCUCAAACAGUCUUUUAACACCACUCCUCUCCGAGGAAUCCCCUCCAUAUCAAGAGUAGCCGUCGCCGCGACUGCCGCGCAGAUCCCACGCAGAAGCUACGUAUCGGAGACGAAACGAGAUAAUGCCCAGGUCAAUGUUGAAACGGCUAUCAAGUUAGACAAGAAGGAUUUUAUGAAUGAGAAAGGCGAGCUAGUUAUGCCAGGGCCCGGUAAUCCCGCGAAUGCUACCAUUAGCCCGAUGGCCGAAGUUCUCAAAGAGGCUACUGUCUUGGAGGAAGGCCAACGACCCAUCUAUCUUGAUAUGCAAGCUACGACUCCGGUAGAUCCUAGAGUUCUCGACGCCAUGUUACCGUUCUUCGUCGGCGUUUACGGCAACCCUCACUCACGAACACACGCAUACGGUUGGGAGAGUGAAAAGGCUGUUGAGGACGCGCGAGAGCAUAUCGCUAAGCUUAUCGGUGCUGAUUCUAAGGAAAUCAUAUUUACCAGUGGCGCUACCGAAAGUAACAAUAUGAGCAUCAAGGGAGUUGCGAGAUUCUUCGGACGAUCAGGCAAGAAGAAGCACAUCAUUACUAGCCAAACCGAGCACAAAUGCGUCCUCGACAGCUGCCGACAUCUUCAGGACGAAGGCUACGACGUUACAUACCUUCCAGUCCAAGCUAAUGGCUUGGUUAAUCUUCAAGAGCUAGAAGCAGCAAUCCGACCGGACACGGUACUCGUUAGUAUCAUGGCCGUAAAUAAUGAGAUUGGCGUUAUUCAGCCUUUGGAGAAGAUUGGCAAGUUAUGUCGCGAGAAGAAGGUUUUCUUCCACACGGAUGGCGCACAGGCCGUAGGAAAGCUUCCGUUGGACGUCAAUGCAAUGAAUAUUGACUUGAUGUCAAUUUCAUCCCAUAAGAUCUACGGUCCCAAGGGUAUUGGCGCCUGUUACGUCCGAAGACGACCCCGAGUCAGAUUGGAACCCAUUAUCAGUGGUGGCGGUCAAGAACGAGGUCUACGCAGCGGUACUCUCGCCCCACCCCUUGUGGUAGGGUUUGGCGAGGCCUGUCGCAUCGCCAAACAAGAGUUGGAGUAUGACUCCAAGCGCAUCAAGACUCUAUCUGAUCGAUUACUGAAUGGUCUUUUGGCUUUGGAACACACACACCAAAAUGGGGACCCAAACAGUUUCUACCCUGGAUGUGUUAACGUAUCCUUUGCAUACGUUGAGGGCGAGUCUCUUCUAAUGGCUCUCAAAGAUAUCGCCUUGUCAUCUGGCAGCGCUUGCACCUCCGCCUCAUUGGAACCAAGCUACGUUCUGAGGGCACUUGGCAAUAGCGAUGAGAGCGCGCAUAGCAGUAUUAGAUUUGGUAUUGGCCGAUUUACUACAGAGCAAGAAAUUGACUACGUCCUCAAGGCUGUUUCAGAACGUGUUACCUUCCUACGCGAAUUGAGUCCUCUAUGGGAACUGGUACAGGAAGGUAUCGAUCUGAAUACCAUCGAAUGGAGCCAGCACUAAUAGACCAUUGGUCUAUUUGAACGUAUGACUCUUUUUCCCUGGAACUUGCUGCAUCCAAGUCAAUGCUUGAACUGUGGAAGGCUGCUAGGAUCUGGUCGAUGCGAUCAGUUUCGCAAUUGCUAAAGUUGGGCGAUUGGGGUAUUUAAGGGACCUUGUAUUUUAGGAGUUAUGGUCAUUUGCAAGCAUCGCCGCUCGCUGCGAGGAAAUGUGUGGUCUUGGCCCGUAUAGGGAUUUGCGGUUAUUUGAUAUGAUCACCGGAAAAGUCGUGGACAACGCGUUACGUUUAUUGAUACCUGCGGCACGAUGUGCUAAAAAUGAAUUCAUGAACAAAUUUGUCGAGAAAUUUUUGUAUUCUGUAUGGUCACUCUAGUGACGUCACUGCGACAUUGAUUACGCGAAAAUCUAAGAAUUCCAGGUAGUUCACCUACAUUGCUGGAAGCACUCCUAAGGCUGAGGAUGCAAUUCCAUCCAGGCUGCCGGGAUGACCCCGAUGUUCCAAGGCAGACUAAUAUGAUACUCAGUUAAUAACAUUGCUGCAUUUAUACGCAUGAAUUGGU